CCGGAUACAUGACGUCCCUCCAGGGCGCGAGGCGAGCUGUGCGAGCAGGUUGAGUUUGGAUCAGUUAAUUAGGUUAAGGCUCUCGCGCUGUAAUUAGCCGCUGCUUUGCUAAUUAGAAGGCUCGUGCUCAGGUACAGUGGUAAGCAUGGCUGCAGGGCGCGCGCAGUUUUUUAGGAGUCUGCUGCAGGGGCUCGAGCUGGCCCGGCCCGGGUUGGGUGGGGACCGGGAGAAGAAGCAGAGCAGACCGGCAGGAGCUGGUGCAGGCAGGAAGGCCGGAGCUGCACACCUGUCACACAGAGCUGAGAGCAGUGAGAGCACCCAACCAGUUCUGCCACGCCCACCCGUUCUGCCAAACCCACCCCUUCUGCCACGCCCACCAUUCCUGACACGCCCACCCCAGCUACCACUGCCCCCUACCGCCACAUCGCCCGGCACCUCCACAUCCUCUGCCUCCCACAGUUCUGAAAAUUAUUUUGACAGACUGCCACCUGAGCUCAUUCUGAAGAUUCUUUCCUAUUUGGACGCGGAUUCUCUGUUCUGUGUCGGCUUCGUUAGCAAGCUGUUUUACAAGCUGGCAAAUGAUAAAGGUAUCUGGUAUGAGUUAUACAUUAACGAGGUCGACAGAAAGAAAUGGAGACCCAGGCUGGGCUUUCGGCCGGAAGACACGACCGGCACGCAGGACAUCCCUCUGGGCUUCUGGAAGAGGCUGGUGCUCCGAGAGAUGGGAUGCCCUAACGAUAACCUCUGGAAGAGGGAGCUGAGACACAUUAACCCAUACACGGGCAUGCCAGCUCAGGUCAAGCAGAUCCUCGGGAGUCUGCGUGUGACGUGGGAGAUUACCCUGGCUGUGAAGGGAGGCCAGGAGGUCAUCUUCAAACACAGCCAUACCUUCUUCUCAGACUCGUCCGUCACUGUGUGCUGGUCCCACGGCCUCUGGCCUCAUAUCCGACAAGUGUCCACCCUGCAGCUCCACGGGGUGAUUCAACCAUUUAUGGGCGCUACUACAGACAAGCCACAGUGGCGCUCUCUGAUCAGCAAAACGAUGUGCGGCCAGACGAGGUGGAGGAUCAUCGCUACGGACAAGCUGGUGAAGCUGUUGCAAUUUGAUGACGGGAUCACGGUGGGAAUCUGGAGGGGAACGUGGGCAAUUGCCUUUGUCAUGGCCAACCUGCACUUCCACAGACUGGUGGAGAGGAGCCUCCUUGGAUCUCUGUGCUGUCCCUACAGACCACCAGAAGUCAGUCAGUUGUACAGUGGUCAAAGGGACCCCGGCUGUGGUCUUCGUGGAUACACAGUGUUGAUCAUUCUGCACAAUUCAGUCAGGCGCAUCAUGCGGCGGCGCUACUCAUCAGUGCACUGUAUGACAGAUCAAAUCCACAAGGGAUUUGUGUACUUCAAGCUGAGGACUGAUCAUACUCCUGUUUCUGGACUGAUCAGUUUUCCCUGGAAGGCAGAGGGACUGCAGGGCGACAUCAAGAACUGCUGUAUGAUGACCCUGACUAUGCUGGACGAGGAUCAGAGGCCAUUCUGGUGCGUCUCUUCAGCUGUCAACUUCGUGAUGCGCGCUAGCGACCCUGAGCAGUCCGCGCUGCUGUACAUGGACGGGGAGGGUCGGGUCUGGACCAACUUUAUGUGGAUGCCAGACAUGCAGCAGUACUUCCUGCUGGGCAUCCAUAUCCGCAUCCCGUUGAAGAAGCUGAACCAGCACUUUGGGAGUGACUUCUCCAGCUCUCUGGGACAGUAGAGCUGUUAGUAACAGUGGGAUUAGUUAGUUACAGUUUAAGAAGGUUUAGUAAGUGUAUGUGAUUUUUUUUGUUUUGUUUUUAUAUCUGCUUUUAUUUUUCUGGUCUGUGAGUUUAAGUUAUAGUUACAGUUUGUUUAUUUGUAACUUCUUGAGGAUAUUUGCUGUUUUAGGUUCCUGAAUUACUCCAGGUCUCCAUUGUUUUAUUCUCAUUGAGAUUUCAGACUGACGUUGUCAGAACAUAGGAGGAUUUAGAUUUUGAUAAGUGUUAAUUUAAGUAAGUUUUAGUUUAAGACGCGUGUUUGAGUUGUGCGAAUGGUUAAAGAAAAAAGUAGAAGUUCUGAUUUAGUGUCUAGAAAACUUUGUUUAAUCUUUGUUUGAAUUAAGAAGUGAAUAAACAGACACUGUGAUUAGCA